AUGGCAAAUGUCAAGGAAAUCAAUGAUGUAUUGGAAAUAUUUACUGAUCAUGAAAAUUUGUUUAAUUUAUGCAAGUACCUAGCAAGUCAAAAAGUGGCAUGUAGUAAACAGACAUUCCCAGAUUAUAUCCCUCACCUGGAACGUGCAAUAACUAUUCUAGAAAAGCUAUAUGGGGCUUGUUUAUCACCGCACGAAUCCCGGUGGGCACAAUUACUCACCAGCUUAGAUCGUCGUGCACAAGCUAUACGUGAAGCUUGUGGUGAUACAGACGGCGUUAGUCGUCUAGUUGAAAAGAUUGUCGACCAAUUAGUAUCACGUUGGAGUCAACUACGUGAUCCGCAAAUCAACUGUGAAGAUUGGCCAGAGAAAGAUAUAACAGAUAUUGAGAAAUAUGUUGAAUCUACAACUAAAAAAGGUCUAUUGAAUAACGUUCCAAACAGUUCUUUAAGAAACCAACAGAAUUCACAGUCAGAAGAUAAACGAUCAAUAGAAAGUGGUCAUCUCAUGAUUCAUAAAGCAACAAAAAUUUCGCGUUUUGACAUGCAACCUCCACCGUCGCCAACUGGUUAUCGUGCAGAAUUUGAGUCUAAAGCUGAAGAACUAUUAAAUUGGUUGGAUAAUAGUGCAGAGAUUUUAGAAUUAAUCACAAUGGAUAAACGUCGUGCACUUGAAGCCAGUGGACAAACUCAAGUUUUAGGUCGACAUAUUAUAUCCCCUCAUUCUGAAAAAAAUGAUGGUGACGAUGAUGCGAUCAGAGUGAUUAAUUGUGUAACCAAGGAACUUGAAGACUGGCGACAUAUAAAACAACGUGUCCUACUCCUAGGAGAGCAAUAUCGCGAUGAAUUAUCACAAGCCGGUGAAAAUAUUGAAGAACUCGAUCAACUAUUUGAUGAAAUCGAAGAAAGGUGGACAUAUCUUGAUAAAUUACUCAUCCAAGCAAAUCGUCAAAUGAGAAUUUCCAAUCAAAGUAUCGAAUUUCAACAGGAAGCAGCCAAAAUACACGCAUUACUAACUCGAUCAAAAGAAGAUGAAUUAUUAAAAUUGAUAAAUGAAGAUGAUAUAAAAGAAAUUCCAGAAUCCAAAUUAUUUACUAACGAAGUGAAGUCUCAAUCCGGUAAUGAAUCAGAGAUUAAUAUUGCAAAUAUUAAUGAAAGAUUUGAAGAUAUUAAAUCACUAAUUGUUCAAGUGAAAGAUGUCAUUUCUCAAUCAAUUACCAUUGGUCAUCCUGAAGAUGCUGAUGAACAACUUGCCACUUUAAAUUCAAGGACACAACAAUACGCGGAUUGA